UUCUUAUUUUAGUAGAACUCAAGUAGAAAAGAUAAGAUCACUCCCUUUUUUUAAAAAAAUAUGUUAAUAUUAACCUUUUUAUUCGUAUGUUGUUACUAUACACAAAUAUUCUUUAAUUUUUUAUAUUGUGAAGAAUUAUCUUUAAAGAAAAAUCCAUGUACAGCUAAAAAACAUUGUGGUGAAUGCAUUGUCACCCAUUAUAAAUGUGCUUGGUGUCAAAAAGAAGAUUAUGGCUUGGAUGGAAAGCCUAGAUGUGAUUUUUUGCAUAAUUUGAUGGAAAGGGGCUGUGAAAUAUCUAAAAUAAUAGAUCCCACUAAUUUUUUACAAAAAUUAAUUAACAAGCCUUUAAGUCAUCCUGGAACUGUAGAAAAUUUUGUUCAAAUAGCUCCUCAAGCAUUAAAAAUUGGGAUAAGACCUAAAAAACCAAUUACAUUCAAAGUAAAAUUUAGACAAGCAGAGGAUUAUCCAAUUGAUUUAUAUUAUUUAAUGGAUUUAUCAAAUUCUAUGGAAGAUGAUAAAGAAAAAUUAGCUCUUUUAGGGGAUCUAUUAGGCACAAGCAUGAGAAAUAUAACCUCUAACUUCAGGGUUGGUUUUGGGUCUUUCGUAGAUAAAGUGGUUAUGCCCUAUGUGAGCGUGGUGCCUGAAAAAUUGGCUCGCCCUUGUGAAAGGUGUGCAGCCCCUUACUCUUACAAAAAUCAUUUAAGCCUAACUAGUGAUACUUAUCGUUUUGCCGAUGAAAUCAAAACAGCUCUCGUCUCUGGAAAUUUAGAUGCUCCAGAAGGUGGCCUCGACGCUAUUAUGCAGGCUAUUGUUUGUCGCGAUGAAAUAGGAUGGAGACCAAAAGCUCGGAAUUUAUUGAUAUUUUCAACCGAUGCCAGUUUUCAUUUUGCAGGGGAUGGUAAGUUAGGUGGUAUUGUUAAACCUAACGAUGGCCAAUGCCAUUUAGAUUCAAGUGGUUAUUAUACACAAAGCACCACACAGGAUUAUCCUUCGGUCAGUCAAAUUAUUCAAAAGGUUAGGGAAAAAGCCGUUAAUAUUAUAUUCGCAAUCACCGGCGAACAAUUGCCCAUAUAUCAAAAAUUUAGUGAAAUUUUAGAAGGUUCGACUGUCGGUCAAUUAGCCAAUGAUUCGUCAAAUAUUGUUGAGUUGGUCAAAGAAAAUUACAAUAAAAUAACAUCAAAAGUUGAAUUGAAAGAUAAUGCUUUGCCUAAUAUAACAGUUUCUUAUGAAUCUUCCUGUCUUGGCACGAAAUCAAAAAAAACGAAAUUAUGUGAAGGGCUAAAAGUUGGGGAUACGGUUACAUUUGAUGUGACUGUUACAUUAGAAUCGUGCUUAAAAGGCCAAAAUAUAUUCGAUUUGAGAAUCAAUCCCAUAGGCAUAGGUGAAGAGUUAAACAUUAAACUAGAAAGCAUUUGCGAAUGUGACUGUGCUGCUCCUCCACAAGCCGAAUACGACAGUCCUAAAUGUUCUGAGGGUCAUGGGACCUUUGAAUGUGGCGCUUGCAGAUGCCAUGAAAACAGAUUCGGUCGAAAUUGUGAAUGUGACUCCUCUGCCCAUCUGAUGUCAGAGGGUGGGAUCGCUCCGAGCUUGGCUCCUUCCCCACUCUGCCUUCGGCGAAAGUCUGACCCACGCAAUUCAUUAUUCCAUCAUUACUCUAACACCACGUCCCCUAAUCCCGAUCCUUUCGAUCAACGUUUUCCUGACGAAGAAGGCGAUAGUGAUAAAGGCCCCGUUUGUUCAGGUCGUGGGGAUUGCGUUUGUGGUGUAUGCGAAUGUUGGCCCAGAGAUAACCCUAAUGAAAUAGUCAGUGGCGAAUUUUGUGAAUGCGAUAAUUUUUCUUGCGACCGUUACGAAGGAAAAAUAUGCGGAGGUCGAGGUCGCGGAACUUGUGAGUGUGGAUCUUGUGCGUGUGCUCCAGGUUGGGUCGGAGAAGCUUGCCAAUGUCCUUCAACUAACGCUUCCUGCAUUUCCAGCAACGGGAAACUCUGCAACGGCGUAGGCGUAUGUGAUUGUGGUGUGUGCAUAUGCGAUGCAUCACCUUCCGCUUCUUCUUCCUCCGAUCACGAGAACCGUUACCGUGGUCCCACUUGCGAAGAGUGUCCAACCUGCCCCGGGCUCUGCAGCGAAAACAGAGCUUGUGUUCAAUGCCUUGUUUUUAAGAGUGGACCCCUGUUUGACUCCAAUAACUUGGGCUCGAACCUUCCUGAUCAAGGCUCUACUGCUUGCGAUCAAAAAUGUUCACAUUUGUCACCAAUCGUAGUGGACGAUUUGAUAGGUUCAAUAGGAGGCAAUAAAGAAAAUCCAACGUUGUGUCAAUUUAAGGACGAUGACGAUUGCACGUUUUAUUUUAAUUAUCAUUACGAUUUAGAUCGAAAUUUAGUCAUAAAAGUACAAAAAAACAAAGCUUGUCCACCCAUUCCAGCCCUUUUGCCCAUAAUAUUGCCGAUCGUCAUUGGGAUUAUUAUGAUUGGUUUAAUCGUUCUAUUGAUUUGGAAAUUGAUAACUUAUUUACACGACACUAGAGAGUUUGCUAAGUUUGAAAAGGAUAAAGAAAAUGCUAAAUGGGAUUCAGGAGAAAAUCCAAUAUUUAGACAAGCUACUUCAACUUAUAAAAAUCCCACUUUUCGAAAAAAUCGAUGAAACGCAAUUAUUUUAUGCAUUAUUUUAUAAUCGUGAUAGUUUAUUUUUGAUAUAUUUUUUAUUUUAUAUAACAAUAAAAAUAGGCUUCCAUAUUUAUUAAUAUCGACGAAUCUA